AUGGCCGAUAUCACGGCAGCCUUCAACACAGCGUUGAAAGCUCAUAAUGCGCCGCCAGUCACAUCACAUCGCUAUUCUAUCGACCGACUGGACGAGUUCCUGAAAGAAGCAUACAGCAUUAAUGCUCGUAUAGCAGACUUGACUGCAUACCUUCGCGCCAUCAGACCCUCCUACCUAUCCACCGCUCCAGCACCUCGACGACCGCAACGACAGAACUCCGCCGACCAAAAAUCCACACAUGAUGCAACACAACGACACUUGUCAGAUACUGAAAGAGCCUCGAUUGAUGCCGAGGCAAAGACAGUGCUGCGACAAUUGCAUGCUGCCGUCGAGCGUAUAAGCCAGAUCGAGCAGAUCAGACAAGACACUGCGUCUCAUAUCGCGCUGCGCAAACGCAAUCAAGGCGGUCUCGGAGCCAUCGGAAGAUGGGCGGCUGGAGGAGCUGUCACUGCGAAGAGUGCAGAAGAGGAGAUGGAAGAAGCCAGGCAAAAGAUGCUCAACGCACAUCGAGAGAGUAUCGUCUGGUUCCUACAAGCCAAACUCAGGGAGGCUGGUACUCUUCAGGCCACCAUGAUGGAGAUAAGGAUACAACGUGAAGUUGAAAAGAGUAAAAGUGUGCUAUACAAAGCAAAGAGCAGCAGCGUGCCUUCCGCUCACGGCUUCGAUGCUGCAUUGGACUCUGAGAAAACAGCAACACAAGAGCAGGAGCGGGCAGAGCCUCAGUUGAGCGAUGAACAGAUGCAACUCUUUGCACAAGAGAACCAAGACAUGAUGAAACAUUACCAGGACACUUUAGAUCAGGUCCGCACGGCGGAAAGAUCUCUUAUCGAGAUCUCAGAACUACAGUCGACUCUUGUCACCAAUUUGACGGAACAGAAUGAGCACAUUGAGCAACUUGUGCAAGAUUCUUUCUUCACGACAGAAAAUGUUGGAAGAGGAAACAAGGAGCUCAAGCGAGCAAGCGAACGCCCCAGCAGUGCAAGGAUUCUAUUCCACAGCACAUGCGCAUUCUGUGCCUUCCUCGUCGUGUGGGAUUUGAUAUUCUAG